UUCUCUCCAGUCUGAGGCGAAUGAGUGUGUGAGUGUGUGUAGAUCUCUCAGUCAGUCCUGCUGUGUCUCCCCCUGUAGGCCAACACCUGUCGAUGCACUUUGACGCUUUCCACCACCAGGUCAGCGACCUUCCUCCAGCUCUCCCUGCGCGCUCCUUAAGAAAGUCGCCCCUGCACCCUAUACCUGCCUCGCCCACCAGUCCACAGUCCAUCCUGGAUGGCAGUAACUCCACCCUCUCGGGCAGCGCCAGCUCCGGAGUGUCCUCCCUCAGCGACAGUAACUUUGGGGGCCCCGCCUCCUCCUCGGACCCCGGGGCCAGCCGCACCGACACCCUGGACUCGGCCCCCAGCAGCCAGGCCUGGACCACCGACCAGGAGGACCUGGACUCGCCCUACCAGCCCGUCCGGUACAGCGUCUCCGAGCCCGAGGUCCUGGACGGGGCGAAGCCGCCGCCCUGCCGCAGCCACUCCGCCCCGGGGGGCGUGACCCCGGCUCAGCCUCUGGCCCCGGGUCCGGCGCCCCCUGGUGGGCAGCAGGAGGUGCCACCGCACCUCCUCUACCACCACCACCACCACUUCCACCCCCACUACAUUCCCCACCUUCCUCCCCUUUACCACUUCCACGAGCCUCCCCCUGCCCUCCCCCCCAAGCCCUACAUCAGGGAGGGCUGCAUCCCCGAGGAGGACCCCCAGUCCACGCCCGCCCCCCCACCCGCCCCCCGGCCCAUGCCGCGCAAAAUCUCCCAGCCCAUCAUCGCCGCCACCAAGGACGAGCAGGCCAAAGUGGCGUGGGAGCACGGCGUGAGCGAGGAGUGAGAGGCGACGAGAG